ACACUUCAUUUAUGUUAAAGUGAUAUUCUUGCUUUUUCUAAGGAAACAAGACAAUCCCCGCUAAUUAGCUUGGGUGCAGACAUGAAGACAUUUUAACUUGAUACCGGAUGUCGGGAAAUACUGUAUCUCCAAGUGACAGCUAUCAGCUGUCGGCCACUGACACAGAUGGGACACAACAAUAGCUCAGCUCCAGUCCUACUAAGUUGAAGAAGCAAGCAGUGAGCAGUCAGGAUAGUUUUUCUCCCUUGUUUGUGUGAUCAACCAUGAUCUGAUAAUAUUCCCAUAACGACUGAUUCAACUUGAGCUGUCAAUAUGACUCAUUUAAGGUCCUUUUCCAAGCUGGUGCCACUUUUUGUCAUUUUAACGGGGUCUACCCUGGGCUCAGAACAUGAAACGCGUCUAGUCAAAGACCUUUUCAAGGGCUAUAAUAAAGUGGUGCGACCGGUCGAGAACUACAAGGAUCCUGUAGUGGUCACUGUGGGCCUUCAGCUCAUCCAGCUCAUCAGUGUGGAUGAAGUCAAUCAGAUAGUGACGACAAAUGUGCGUCUGAAACAGCAAUGGAAAGAUGUCAACUUAAAAUGGGAACCAGACUCAUAUGGUGGAAUCAAAAAGAUCCGAAUUCCAUCGACUGACAUCUGGCGACCCGACCUUGUUCUCUACAACAAUGCUGAUGGCGAUUUCGCUAUUGUUCACGAAACCAAAGUGCUGCUGGAACAUACAGGCAUGAUCACGUGGACUCCUCCGGCCAUAUUCAAGAGUUACUGUGAAAUCAUAGUCACAUACUUCCCCUUUGACCUGCAAAACUGCAGCAUGAAGCUGGGGACCUGGACAUAUGAUGGCACAUCAGUGAUCAUCAAUCCGGAAAGCGAUCGCCCGGACCUGAGCAGCUUCAUGGAGAGCGGGGAGUGGGUGAUGAAGGAUUACCGUGGCUGGAAACACUGGGUCUAUUAUGCCUGCUGUCCCGACACCCCCUAUCUGGACAUCACCUACCAUUUCCUCAUGCUGCGUCUGCCUCUGUACUUCAUCGUCAACGUCAUCAUCCCCUGUCUGCUCUUUUCCUUCCUCACAGGCCUGGUCUUCUACCUGCCCACAGAUUCGGGUGAGAAGAUGACCCUGAGCAUAUCGGUCUUGCUGUCCCUGACUGUGUUUCUGCUGGUGAUCGUGGAGCUCAUCCCUUCCACCUCCAGUGCUGUGCCUUUAAUUGGGAAAUAUAUGCUGUUCACCAUGGUGUUUGUCAUCACAUCCAUCAUAAUUACAGUGAUCGUAAUUAAUACCCACCACCGCUCGCCAAGUACUCACACCAUGCCACAGUGGGUGCGUAAGAUUUUCAUUGACACCAUUCCCAACAUCAUGUUCUUCUCGACGAUGAAGCGGCCUUCAAGGGAGAAACAAGAGAAGCGCAUUUUUGUCACCGACAUGGACAUCUCUGAAAUUUCUGGCAAACCUACUCCAGCCUCCAUCACUUUCCAGUCCCCCAUCACCAAAAACCCUGAUGUGAGGACCGCCAUUGAAGGAGUCAAAUACAUCGCAGAAACCAUGAAAUCGGACCAGGAAUCCAACAAUGCCGCCGAGGAAUGGAAGUUCGUCGCCAUGGUGAUUGAUCACGUCUUGCUCUGUGUCUUCAUGCUUGUUUGUAUCAUCGGCACGCUGAGUGUCUUUGCUGGCCGUCUCAUUGAACUCAAUCAGCAGGGAUAGGCCUUAUCCUCAGCAGUGCAGUUGGAAUCACACUUUGGGAACUGCAAGCAUCCAGGCCUAGACAUUUAUUUACAAAUAAUGGAAAUGCCCAAACCUUUGACCUUUUUACAACAUACAGAAAUUCUGCCUUAUUUCCUUGUGGCAGUAGUUUAUGAUGUGUGUACGUGAUGUUUUUGCUCUGUUUAUUUUGUUUUAUGUCCUGCAGCUAACAUUAUGUGUGAAAUCGUGUUAUCACAUAAUUUAGAUUGUUUCUAAGGAAUGAAAGUUUCACCCUUCUGUACAGUAAGUACCAGUAAUAGAGCAAGACAAUUUUCGGGGAUUUGCAAAGGUGAAUGAUGAUGUGUGCAUUGUCACCUUGAAUGGAGACUGGAGAACAAGUAAAAUAAGGUGUGGUUAAGGUGGAUUUCUAGUCAAGUGUGAAGAUAAAAUUAUUUGUUGAGAGAUAACUGAAGGGGUUGGAUUUUUGUUGGAUUAUUCAAGGCAUAAACAAUUUAUUUUGUGCUGCUAAGUAUGGAUAACAAACUCCAUGGGUUUAAAAUUAAGAACAAUACUAGUGCCUAUGUGAAUGAUCUCGGCAUUUUAACUUUAACAAACCCCUUCAAACGCAGUGUGAGCUCCCUCUAGUGCUCUAGAGUGUUCAAGAUUUUUGAUACAUGAUUCUGUUUUUCGUCUUUUUAUUUACGGAAUUGUUUGGAAUAACUAAUAAAAAACUUAAAAUUCUACAACG